AUACGAAUUACGGCCCUCGUAAAAAAAUCUGUCACAUGUAGACUGGCUGGCCACUUUCCCGUACUUUUCUCGCUUCUCUCUUUCACUUUGACCUUUCUUUCCAACCUCAUUGCUUUGCUCUUAUUCAUCUUGCAUGGCCACAUUAGCAAAGUAUCAAAAAUUCUUGAUUAAGCAAGCUCCUAGAAUAGAGACCGUGGAGUCAUGGUUGCGUCAACUGUCGCUUGUCAUACCUGGUCGUUUUGAGGAUUCUGAUUUCGUCUCGCAAAUACUUGUCGCUGUUCUCAAUCUCAUCAGUCUAUACCAUGAUAGUCUGCUGUGGAAGGUCGUUGCCCGGCAUGCUGCUGUGAUCACACUUCCUUCGUCGCUGUUCAACAGAUAUACGAGACAUUGGUAUCGAGAACCAAAGUUUAAGCGAAUUGCUCUCACCUUGACCUUGGUAUCAUAUUGCGAGGUCGUAGCAGAGAUGUGGAUUAAAAAGAAUUACAGCGAGAAGACACGCUGGCGAUUUGUUGUCUGGUUGGAGGCACUAAAAGCACUAUGUAGAUACCAGCUGUUCAAAAUAUCCGGAGGUCGAAUGUUAUUGCACCCAAGUCAUCCACAACGUGAUAUCGACCCAUCCACGUUAGAGUUAGCAGAAGAUUCCUCCGACUUCGAUCCACGUACUGGUGGUGUACACUAUCACAGCAAUGAAGCCGAGCAACAAUGGGACCAUCCAGAUCAAUUGGUACUGCCGUUACAAGGGCUUGCCAAAUUCGGCGAGAUAGCAUGGAUCGUACGCCCAUUGGUAUAUGUUUUGGCGGUUCGGAGAUUCGGCUUUCAAUCUUGGAAAGCAUGGACCAUGUCUCUCGCAGUUGAUUUGACUUCUCGUGGCCUAAUGCGCUCUGCAUUUGCCAAUCGCAAGGAAGGAUCGAUGACGCCGCUAGAGGCUGAUGAAUACGGAAGACGCGCGUACCUUUUGCUGUAUUACUUGUUACGUGGGCCCUUCUAUCAGCACUUUACAAAACCAAGAAUUGAGGCCUUCUGCGAUGCAACAGAAACCCGUCCUGUCGCUUCCAUCAUUGCCGGAGCCAUUCGAGACUACCAGCCACUUUGGGAAGAUGUGUUCUUCUACACUGCUGGUUCAUAAACGUUGUAACAAUCUUGGGAUGUUCGCACAGUGUAAUAACAUCAUCUAUCUACAAUACGUAAUUAUAUACAUGUUCAACAUGUUUCAAAAGCAUAAUAAAACCACAGUGUUUGAAGAUGGGAUUGACCCUUUCACUCCAAGUUAGAACACCAAAA